AUGGCUCCCUCAUCUCUCUCCCCAAACUCCUUAGAGAACAACCUUGUGAGAGUUGAGGGUGGAAACAUGGUCUCUCACAUUACCACCACAAACAACAACAACAAUGACACAUUGAUGCCCACACCAAUACCAUCACAUCUCCCUCAAAAAAAGCCUAGGGGUAGACCCCCGGGAUCUAAGAACAAGCCUAAACCACCUGUGAAUAUUGAGGAAAACAUGGACAACAAUAUGAAAAUGAUUUACAUUGAGAUCCCCUCUGGAAAAGAUAUUGUGGGGGAAAUAAUCAAUUGUGCUCAUCGUUAUCAAGCUAGCAUAACAGUGUCGAGGGGUUACGGUCUUGUCACCAAUGUUACCCUUCUCAAUCCUAAAACUCAUUUCCCAACUCCUCCUAUGAUAGGGCCAUUUGAGAUGACAUCUCUCUUGGGAACAUAUGUUAAUAUCAAUUGUCGUCGUAAUACUCUCAAUCAUCCACCUUGUUCUUGUUUUUCCAUUUUACUCUCAGGUCAUGGUGCAGUGGUGUAUGGUGGAACUGUUGGAGGAACAAUUAUUGCUGCUAGUAAUGUUUGGAUUCAAGCUACUCUCUGCAAGAAUCUUGACCACUAUCAAUCAAUCUCCAACAACAACAACAACCACGACAACAAUGUUGUUAAUUUGUCAACCUUUGAUGACGUUGCAACUUUUCCGAAUCACUAG